AUGGAAAGGCUGGGGAUAAUCCAAAUAACUCGUAUGUGGAGAUUUGCACAGGAAGAAGAUAAGAUUUGUGUCUUCGGCUUGUCUUCUGUGGCACAAGUGGUAUUAGGAAAAGGAGACUUUGGGCAGCAGCUGAGCAUCAAUUUGGGAUUUGGCAUUGGUGUUACCUUGGGCAUCCAUGCGGCUGGAGGAAUCUCUGGAGCUCAUCUGAACGCUGCCAUCACCCUCACACACUGCGUCUUAGGAAACCUCCCCUGGAGAAAGUUCCCAGCUUACCUGAUCGGCCAGUUCCUGGGCUCCUUUACGGCAGCAGCCACCGUCUUUGGCCUCUACUAUGAUGCUCUGUACGACUACACCAAGGGGAACUUUACAGUGACGGGCCCAACUGCCACGGCAUCGAUCUUCUCCACUUACCCUGCUCCCUAUGUAUCCUUGCCAGGGGCCUUCUUCACAGAGUUUACGGCAACAGUGAUGCUGCUCCUGGGCAUUCUGAUCAUCCACGACGAGAAAAACAACGGAGCCCUGAAAGGCACGCAGGCCCUGCUCACGGGUAUCCUGGUCCUGGGCAUCGGCCUGGGGAUGGGGAUGAACACAGGCUAUGCCAUAAACCCUUCCCGGGACCUGCCCCCCAGGGUCUUCACGGCAAUUGCUGGCUGGGGAAUGGACGUCUUCACGGCUGGACAUCACUGGUGGUGGGUCCCACUCAUAGCUCCGACUCUGGGAAGUCUUGCUGGUGUUUUAAUCUACAAACUCUUCAUUGAUUUUCACAACCAACCUGUCCUGGAAAGUCAAAAUGAGAAAGGACAGCCAGUGGUGGAGACUUCUACAUUGUGA